AUGGCGGACCAACUGAGUGUUUACGUGGAAAACUUAGAACUGCAGCUAUCUGAAGUUGAAAUGCUACAAUCCAUGUUUCCAGAUGGAGAAGAAUUCAAACUAGAUGAUCCAGGAGUACUUUUAGAUGUUCAAGACUUUAUUUCAGGAAAGAAAAAGGAACUUCCACUACAUAUUAGUUUCAAUUUAAGAAUAGAAUGCGAUUCUAUGGAAGGACGACAAAAUGGUUCUGGAAAUGAGUUAAAUAUUCUGGAUCUUUUUUGUAGUCUCAAACACGAAUAUCCAAACGAAAAACCAGACGUUUUUGUAAGAGCACCACGAUAUAUGGACAGAGAUGUACAAAAGGAGCUMAACAAAGACUUAGAAAGUCACCUUUUGUCCCUAGAACAAGGCGAACUGUGUAUUGUUGAAGCAGUACAAUGGUUGAAAGACAACGCUCGAGUAUACUUUAAAAAGUGUAAAAAGGAGUUGAAAAAUUCUAAUUCACUAACGCAAAAUAGCAAAAAUGAAGGUGUGUUUGUGAGAAUGUGGAUGUACAUGCACCAUAUUUAUAGUAAAACAAAAAGAAAAAUUAUUCUUGAUUGGUCGUCAGAUUACAACCUKACAGGAUUYUCYCUUCCUGGAAAACCAGGAGUGGUUUGCAUUGAAGGCAAUGAAUGUGACGUUGAGGAGUACUAUUCCAAAUUAAGAAGAUUAAAUUGGAAAAAAAUUACCUGUCGCCACAGACAAGUYGGUGACAAAAGUCAUGGCAUWGAUGAACAAAGAAUAUUCAAAGGUUUUGAAGAGUUAGCCUUUGAUGUUCAUGGUACUAGGGAAAGUCAUAUGGACAUGGGGCAGUUUUAUCAUUAUCUAGAGGAGCAUAACCUUGGUGAAAUGUUCACUGUCUUGUUUGGUGUGGAAGGAAAGUGAGGAGGGGACACUUUUCAUUAUCUUUUCAUUUCUUGUUUCUAGAAAAGUGAAGAUUGUGAAUGACCUUAGCAAUAUUAUUUAACCAAGCAUAGAAUUCUAGAUAACAUAGGUUCAUUUUGAACAACAAAGUAUUUUAAUAUAAGUAGUGCUUAUAUUUUAAAACUUUAGACUUGUGUUUAUAAAAGUCAAGAAUGACUUUGUAAUAUGCUUGCAAGUACACAUAAGUAUUCCUGAUACAAAAACAGACUAUUGACUAUUCUUACAAUUCCAGAAUAACCUCGUUCCUAGAAAAAAACACACAAUAGAAUAAAAAAAUUAAUUUAUAGAUAGAUUCCAGGCUAUUCACACCUGUUAUGGAAGUUAUGUAGUGGAAUAUCAAGAAUAGUCAAUGCAGUUUGACUUUCUGGGUAAUUAAGGGACAGGAAGCCCAAGACUUUCUGGGUAAUUAAGKGACAGGAAGCCCAACACAUUAAAAAUGAGAAGCUCUGAGGAAGRGCCAUAUUUGAGCAAAAGGGGAUUCAUACUAAAAUGCUCACAAGAAAUAAAUAAAUGUACAUACAAUACACUGUUCAUGGUAGACUUACAUGCAACACCAAUAUUUAUCCAAAAUUUGACAAUAAUUGUAAAGCUAUCAAUAAUUAUAUCAAUUGUCAAUAAAUCAUUCACCCCCAACAUA